AUGAGAACAAUUGUAAGGGUCAGUAGAAAUGUACAUCCGAGUCCAACGCCAACACCAAGCCCCAAUUUUGCUGGUGGUGAUAUUGCACCGUUGUUGCUCGAAUGGAAGGAUGGAACGGGUGAUGUGGUGGAGAUUAACGAAGUUAUUGAUGUGGUAAGGGCGUCGCAUGAUGUUGAUAUUGACGUUGGAGUUGUUGUCGGUGUUAUGUUAGCUGGCGUGAAGGUCCUUCUUGUUGGUGUCAAUGCCUCACUAGUUGGUCUCGGUGUUGAGCUAACUGACGUCGUUGUGGACGACGACGACGAUGAUGAUGGUAAUGACAGCGUUGUCGUUGUUAUUGUUGAAUCUUUUGCCCUUUUAGUGAUAUUGAAGGAACGGCUAGCAAAGAAGCCCGGGGUCUCCGGCUCAUCGGCAUCUCGGAUCUGGAAGAAGAAAACAUUACCAUCGUCUAGGCUUCGCUGGGUCGAUACGAUCCAGGUAAAUGUUGUAACAUCUGAUAUAUUUGCUGUGAUCUACCGUCAGGUCGAAAUAUGA